UCUCCUGCAUCAGCAGAACUCAGAAAAUGCGUGAACCAACACUAUUUCAUCAGAUUGAAGACAUUUACUAUCCUGUUCUUGCUGUCCUCGGCAUUAGUGCUAACUCAGUGGCUAUUCUGAUCCUGUCUCAAGGAAAGUGCGGACUCUCAAAACGUAUCACCCAUUACCUGGUAGCCAUGGCAGUAGCAGAUCUACUUGUCAUUUUCACUGAUGUGAUUUUGUUUGCAGUUAUUCCUUUUCAUUUUCCAAAUACAUAUCUGGCCACAACUCCUGCAACUUCACUUGCUCACGUUUUACUUUCUGCAGCCACAGACAUUUCAGUCUGGUUCACAGUUGCUUUCACCUUUGAUCGAUUUAUUGCAAUUUGUUGUCAUAAGUGGAAAACAAUAUAUCGUACAGAGAAAACUGCGACUGUGGCUACUGCAACAGUAACUGUGCUGUUUUCCCUGAAAAAUAUUCCUUGGUACUUUGUAUAUGAACCUGAGUAUAUAAUUGACAAUGUGCCCUGGGGUUCCAUUGCAUCACCGAGCUUUUUCACUGAAACUGCCUGGGUAGCAUUUGACUCCCUCAGUAUUAUAUUAACUCCUUUCCUACCAUUCAUUCUGAUUUUAUUGCUCAAUGCUCUGACUGUCAGACACAUCUUACUGACAAGCAGAAUCCGCAAGAAGCUACUGGAUCACAGCAAGAAUGAGAAGCAAAUGGACCCAGAGAUGGAGAAUCGCAGGAAAUCCAUAGUUUUACUCUUUGCUAUAUCUGGUAGUUUUAUACUAUUAUGGAUGACAAAUAUUGUAUAUUUCCUUUAUUGGCGAAUUGCAAAUAUUUAUGGUUAUACAGGUCCCAAUGAUCCCGUGUAUAUCACUCAACAAUCUGGCUAUAUGCUGCAGCUUUUGAGUACCUGCACCAACACCUGUAUUUAUGCAGUGACCCAGACUAAAUUCAGAGAGCAGCUGAAGAAUGCAGUCAAAUAUCCAUUCACUGCAAUUGGUAAUUUUUUUCAGCAAUUUAAAUAG